ACAUGCUCGAGGACACCCAUUCUCGACGGAAAUUCUAGCCGCACCGCUGCCUGCUGGUUUCCGGGAGAUAAAUCUGAUUUUUUAUGGGUCGAGCGACCCGUCGAGGCAUGUGAGGGCAUUCGAAAACAUGUCCGUCUUGCACGGGUAUUCGGAUCUGGUCAGUUGCAGGGCUUUUUUAUCGACCUUACGAGGAGGCGCGCUCGAUUGGUUCCACCAAUUAGCUCCCAGUUCGAUCAGAGACUUUGAAGAUUUCGCAGGACAACUUACUAAUCAAUAUUCAAGUGCGGUCGCCCAGGAGAAGACAUACCUCACUCUGAUGGCGAUGCGACAAGGCGAGAAAGAGUCCCUGCAGAAAUAUGUUGCUCGAUACAAUCAGAUGUGUUUAGAGGUGCCCACAGCGGGCGACGAGAGCUCCCCAAAAGGAGGCUCAUCUAAGAAGCUGUUGCCCAGAAGGCAAGGACGACCUCGGCUACCAAAUGGUCAAAGAUAUAACAACUUCACUUCUAUCAACGCCCAGGAGGGCGAAGUUUUGGCCGCCAUCGAGGAGAAGCUUGAGAGCAGGGAGGUCACGUGGCCGGCAACGAGGUUCGAAGGACCAACCAAACCCAGGUCGAAUAAAUACUGUAGAUUCCAUAGGGAUUAUGGACAUAACACGGAGGAUUGUAGGCACUUGAAAGACGAAAUCGAGCGUCUCAUACAGGGGGGACACUUGAAAGAUUUUGUUAUCCGUGAUCGACCGCGAGGUAAGGAGAGAAGAAGGUGUAGGGAGGAUUCAGUGGCAAGGAGUGAUAGGGAUGAGGAUAGGGAAGACGACGCUAGAAGAGAGAGGAGGAGGCGACAGGAUGAUGGUCGAGAGAACCCGAGAGGGGAAGUGCCCGCGAAGAGGGGCACAAUUUAUAUGAUCUCAGAAGGGCCCACGGAUGGAGAUUCCAACAAUGCACAAAAGAGGCAUGUGCGAGCUGCGAAGCGCAAAAGGGAAGAGGUCAGGAUAACUGGUCGAAUGUCGGUGAUCAGCUUUCGGGCAGAAGAUGCAGAGGGGGUCUUGCUACCCCAUAAUGACGCACUGGUCAUCACGGCAGAGGUAGCAGGUUUCGACGUAAAGAGGGUGUUCAUUGACACGGGAAGCUCGGUUGAUGUGAUGUUCUAUGAUUACUUCCCGCAGAUCAACAAACAUUUGAAUCUGGAGCUGAAACCG